AUGGCGAGCCUUCACCCCUUUGACCCCAUCACACCUGGGGAGAUUCAAUUGGCGGUCUCCGUUCUUGAAUCCGCUUUUCCCGCUGCUAAGCUUCGCUACAAACGCAUCGAUCUCCAAGAACCCGCCAAGCAUGAGGUUGUCCCAUUCCUUGAGGCUGAGCGCCGAGGUGAAGUGCGCCCGCUUAAGCCGGCACGCUUGCUGAUGGCACUCUUCCACCGAUUGGAUAAUGGGUCUUUCUUCAAGGCUCUGAUCAAUGCAGACACCAAGUCCAUCGUGUCAGCGAAAGAGCUGCCCAAGGACGUCCAGGGUCCAUUGGACGUCGAUGAAAUGAUGGAAAUUGAGGAGCUUUGUCUCAGUCAUCCAGCUGUCAAGGCCGAGGUUGAAAAGUUGAAGCUUCCCACUGGCCACACUGUCUGCUUGGAUCCGUGGAUCUACGGCACCGAUGAUGCCAACGAGACACGGCGUUUGUUCCAGUGCUAUAUGUACAUUGUGGCCACCGACCACCCCCAGAACAACCAGUACUCGCUCCCUUGCAAAUUUUCCCCGGUGUUCGAUGGCAUCAGUCGCAAACUGGUCCGCAUGGAUUAUCUGCCUGGCGGAGCGGAUACUCAAAGCACUCAGACGCAGCCCUGGAAGCAGGUGCCUACGGUGCAAUACGCGCAUGACUUGCUCGAUGAGCCUCUGCGCACCGAUCUGAAGCCCUACAUUGUCCAGCAGCCAGAGGGAGCGUCAUUUAAUGUCAUUGGGAAUGCCGUGUCAUGGCAGAAGUGGCGUUUCAGAGUGGGCUUCAACAACCGAGAGGGUUUGGUGCUACACAAUGUGACCUACGAUGGUCGCAACACCUUCUACCGUCUGUCAGUCUCUGAGAUGACAGUCCCCUACGCCGAUCCCCGUGCUCCCUACCACCGCAAGCAAGCCUUUGACGUGGGCGACGUCGGCUUUGGUAUCACAGCUAACCAACUGAGUCUCGGCUGCGACUGUCUCGGCCACAUCAAGUAUUUCGAUGGUUAUCGCACGGAUGCACAGGGAGCACCAAUUCAACUAAAGGAUGUCAUCUGCAUGCACGAGCAGGAUAAUGGGCUGCAACAUAAGCACACUAAUUAUCGCACUGGCGCGGCGACUGUCGUCCGUAACCGCCAGCUCGUGGUUCAGAUGAUUUGCACCGUUGCCAACUACGAAUACAUAUUCGCUUUCAUCCUCGACCAAGCAGCCAAUAUUGAGCUCGAGGUGCGCGCAACCGGUAUCCUCUCAACUGUGCCCUUCGAAAAUGACAACGGCCAAACCGUGCCAUGGGGCACGAACGUCGGACCAGGUGUUAUGGCCCCAUUCCACCAGCAUAUGUUCUCCCUCCGUAUCGACCCUGCUAUAGACGGCUACAAGAACACAAUCUACUACGAAGACAGCGUGCCUAUGCCCGAGGAUGACAGCAACCCAUGGCUCGUCGGGUACACCACAGAAAAGAACGUCAUCAAGUCCAGCGGCAGUGCCUCGACCAGCAUCGACCGCAACCGCGUUUUCAAGAUCCGGAACGACUCGAUCGUCAACCCCAUCACCCACCACCCCAUCGCAUACAAGCUGCAAACAAUGCCAAGUCAGAUGCUUCUCGCACACCCGAACUCAUUUGGCUCGAAGCGCGCCCGUUUCGCGACCCGCCCUAUCUGGGUUACUAAAUACCAAGACGACGAGCUAUUCGCCGCUGGCGAGUUCACAAACCAGAGCAAGAAGUCGGAAGGCGUGGAAGUGUGGGCUGGAAGGAACGACGUAGUCGAAAACGAAGAUGUUGUUCUCUGGCACACAUUCGGCCUCACUCAUAACCCACGCAUUGAGGACUUCCCUGUUAUGCCCAUGGAGCGUGUCAGCGUGAUGCUCAAGCCGGAUGGCUUCUUCACUAAGAACCCUGCACUGGAUGUGCCGGCUUCGAGCCAGUCUUUUAACCAGUCGACCUUGCACCCCGAGCCGGGCUGCUGCGCGGGUCCUCAGGAGCGAGGGCAGGUGAAGUUAUAG